CCAAUGGCAGAGCUGAGGAGGACAAUGAGGAAUGCAGAGCUGCCACAUGCUGACAUGGCACCUACAGUCACUGCAGCAACCAGCUACUCCAAUGAGCACCUGAGUCUGACUCACAAGCUGAGAAAGCCAGUGGUGGAAAAGAUGCGCAGAGAUCGAAUCAACAGCAGCAUCGAGCAGCUCAAGUCUCUCCUGGGCCCAGAGUUCCACAGCCAGAACUCCAGCUCCAAGCAGGAGAAAGCUGACAUCCUGGAGAUGACAGUUUGCUUCCUGAGACGGCAGCACCAGCACCAGUCAGCUAACAGCACAUCCUGCUCUUCAGCUGUCAGUGAGGGCUACUCCAGGUGUGCGCAAGAGAUCGUCAGCUUCCUGUCCCGCUAUGAAGUGAAGACACCGUCCCAGAGAGGACUGCUGAGCCAUUUCCAAAAGCUGCAGCCUUCCUCUGACAAGAGCAAGAUUGAGUUUGCACUGCCUCAGCUGAGCUCUCCAGCCCACAACAGCAGCAGCAAAGAGGAGACUGCAGCCAGCAGCGCCCUCUGGAGGCCCUGGUAG